GAAAAGAUUGGAUUGGAUUGUGGAUCGAAUUUUACGGUCUAAUUUGACUAUUUUCUUUUAAUUCAGUCUGUAAAAAGAUGAAAAAUUAUUCUAAUUAUCACAAGCUGUUAUUUAUUUGCUAAAAAAAGAACAGAAUUUUAAUGGUAAUUAUUCAUGAGAUGAUAAUGAUUCUGUGAUAAAAUUUACCGGUUUGCAAAGGAAAAAUUGGUCAAGAUGAGGAUCAGAAGACUUUCUGCAUUGUUUUGGAUGACAUGCAUCGUUGUAUUCAUAUUCAUCUUGUAUGUGGUCACCGACUUGAGUUUCAAGUUGCCGAGUAUCAAACCUGUGAUGCAGGAUUUGGAUGAUAUUAAAUGGUCAGCAUUCGAGUCAAAGUUACGUCACAUAGAGAAUGAGUUAAAUCAGCACCAUGCUGUUGUGGGGGAGAUAAAGUCAGCUGUAGACCAAAUAGUCGUUCAGUCAGAGUACCAACAGCUACCGCCUAAAAUAUCCGAAGAAGAGCAUCAAGAGAAACGAAGAGAACCAAAGAUUAGAGAGUUCAAGGCUGUUGGUGAUGAACCACCAAGAAUGCACAUGAAAUUCAACGCGUCUCUAUGCCCAAUACAAACACAGUCAGUGCCUAAAACUGAUGUUCAGAUGCUGUCUAUGUAUGAAAGAAUAAUGUUUGACGAUAAAGACGGGGGAGUAUGGAAACAAGGCUGGAAUGUGGAGUAUGAUGAGAAGCAGUGGAAUCAGAAAAACAAACUGAAAGUGUUUAUUGUCCCACACUCACACAACGAUCCAGGAUGGCUGAAAACAUUCGAAAACUACUACAAAACGCAAACUAAGGCUAUAUUCACGAAUAUGGUUGAGAAGCUGCCUGAAGGUAUUGGCAGGAAGUUUAUUUGGGCUGAAACCAGUUAUUUGUCGCUGUGGUGGAACUCCGACGCGACUGACAAAGAAAAAGCAAUUUUCCAGAGCUUGGUAAACUCAGGAAAAAUUGAAAUAGUCACCGGCGGCUGGGUGAUGAAUGACGAAGCCAACUCCCACUGGAUGUCCGUCAUCCAGCAGUUGACCACCGGCCAUCAGUGGCUCAUCGACAAUUUGGGGUACAUCCCUAAGAACCACUGGUCCAUCGACCCUUUCGGCUACUCCAGCUCGCAGCCCUAUCUGCUCAAACAGGCAGGCUUCGAAAACUCCCUAAUCCAACGAGUACAUUAUAGAAUAAAAAAAGAAUUGGCGCUAAAUAGACAAUUGGAGUUCAAGUGGCGGCAAUUGUGGGAUGGAGUCGGUAAGACUGAUAUGUUCACACAUUUGAUGCCUUUCUACUCAUACGAUGUGCCUCAUACUUGUGGCCCAGAUCCAAAGGUCUGCUGUCAAUUCGAUUUUAAAAGGCUGCCGGGUAAUGGUGUCACUUGCCCUUGGGGAACGCCGCCCAGAAAAAUUAUACAUAAAAAUGUGGACGAAAGGUCGGGUCUGAUCCUAGACCAGUGGCGCAAGAAGGCCCAGUUGUACCGCAGCAACGUGGUUCUGGCGCCUCUAGGCGACGACUUCCGCUACGACCGCGCCAACGAAUGGGACAACCAGUACCAGAACUACGAGAUGAUCAUAGACUACAUCAAUAAUAACGACGCGUGGAACGCUGAGGUCCAAUUCGGCACCCUCCACGACUACUUCAAAGCGGUCCACGACGAGAUCAAGAUGUCGGACUUCCCGGUCCUUUCCGGAGACUUCUUCACGUAUGCGGACAGAAACCAGCACUACUGGAGCGGGUAUUACACGUCCAGGCCGUUCUAUAAGAACAUGGAUAGAGUUCUACUAGCCUAUGUGAGGGCAGCAGAAACAAUCACAGCGCAAGCCACAGCGAGCGCUUCGGUGACGUACAUCAUGUCUCUACAACUGCGGGAUCGCGUGGAACAAGCCAGGCGCGCGCUCGCACUCUUCCAGCACCACGACGGCGUCACCGGCACCUCCCGGGAUGAAGUACGCGAGGACUACGCCAAGAAAAUGCUAACUGCCAUCAAAUACUCCCAAUCGGCGAUCCAACAGGCAGCUUACUACUUGCUAAAACAGCCUCAAGUGCAGGACCAAACUCAGGAGGACAUUUUUUUCGACGUCGACGACAUCUGGCGGCGCCACGAUGAGAUUCCGGCGCGAAUCACUAUCGCUUUGGAUGUGGUGUCUCCUUCUAGAAGACUGGUGCUGUAUAAUGCGCUCAGCUUCAAGCGGCAUGAGAUCUUGACUGUCUUCGUUUCUACGCCUCACGUUGAGGUGUUCGACCCCGACGGCAGCCCUAUAAUGGCCCAGGUGUCUCCCGUCGUGGCAGGCGAGAAGCGGCUCGGGUUCGCCGCCAACAAGUUCCAGCUGUCCUUCCCCGUCACCGUGGAGCCGUUAGCGCUCACCAUCUACACGGUGUCGCUGCGAGACAACAUGAGCAUCAAUAAAUACACUUCCUACUCCCGUAUCCGAGUUUACAAUGCGGACUACUGGACGGUGGACUUACCCAAGAUGUUCCCUAUCGAGCAGCCAACCGCGCGUCUUACAGAAGACAUCACAGUCCAAGCCACCAACGGAACAAGAGUCGUCGCCACUAUGAACGGACUCAUCAAGGCAAUAGUCUCGCCCGACGGGACCACCAUGCCCGUGCAUAUGGACUUUGUGCAAUACGACUCGCAAAAGGCUCAAGACAACAACAGCGGUGCGUACUUGUUCAUUCCGUCCGGACCCGCGCAGCCCGUCAAGACCGACGCAUACCCCGAGAUCGUGGUCACUGAAGGCAUGUACAAGGCCACUUUAUACGCUGGGCUCGUAGGACCGAAGGCUGCAGAAAUAGUCCUUGCGAUCACGGUGCACAACAACCCGUCGCUGCCGCAGAGCGAGGUGGAAGUCAGCAACACUUUGCUCAUCGACCCGGCGGUCGACGACCUCGAGCUGGCCGCGCGAUUCUCCACCGGCAUCAAGAACGGAGACGUGUUCUAUACGGACCUUAAUGGCAUGCAAAUGAUAAAGCGUCGCUACAUGGACAAAAUCCCGCUCCAAGCAAACUUCUACCCGCUCCCAGCCGCUGCCUACAUCGAAGACGACGCUAAUCGCUUCACCGUACUUACGUCUACGCCGCUUGGUAUGGCGGCGCUGCAGCCCGGACAGAUCGAGAUAAUGCAAGACCGUCGCCUGUCGCGCGACGACAACCGCGGCAUGAACCAAGGCGUAUUGGACAACGUGCGCACGCGACACACCUUCCGCCUGAUAGUAGAACGCGCCUCACAUCCUUGCCAGAAGAAGCCAGCAGACCACCCUAGUGGCUUCCUGACCCUCGGCUCGCACGUGGCGCAGCAGACGCUGCUGCAGCCGCUCCUCACUAUGCACUACUCCGCGAGGGAAGACGCGGCCAGACCCACCUACUCGCGCUCGCUCGUCAACAUGGCCGACGUCGUGCUCGCUUCCUACCGCUCGCACGUCACUGCCAAGGUAACAGAACUGUCAAAGCAUAAUGAGCUGUAUUGCUAG